AUGACUUCACCUGCGCUCGCGCCUUUACCUAAAUACGAAGACAAGUCCCAAGACCUCCACGAUUUGGGUGGAGAUGAGAAGGGCCCCGAACCCAACUUAGCUUUGUUGAAGAGGAUCGAUUGGUAUCUUAUGCCUAUUAUGGCUAUGACCUAUGGUAUUCAAUAUGCCGAUAAGCAAUCUAUCUCGAACUCGACUCUGUUCGGUAUCGCUACUGAUACUCAUCUUCAUGGCCAACAAACGGCUUGGCUGUCCACCAUCUUCUACUUGGCCUAUUUGGUAUUUGAAGGUCCAAUGAACUAUAUCAUGCAGAAAGUCAGACUCGGUCGAUUCCUCUCUAUCGCUGUCUUUAUCUGGGGUGGUCUGGUCAUGCUCAUUGCUACAUGUCAGAACUGGGCGGGUCUGAUGGUUCUUCGAACACUUAUUGGUGCUUUUGAAUCAUGUAUCUCCCCCGGAUUCCUGAUGAUCGUCGCAUCAUGGUACAAACGUGAAGAACACGGUAUGAGAUCUAUGAUUUGGAUGGCUCAAAAUGGAGUGGCCACUCAAAAUAAUGGUGGGAUAGCAGCUUGGAGAAGUAUCAAUUUGUUCCUUGGAGGUAUGACUUCAGCUUGGGCAAUCGUAUUGUUCUUCCUGUUGGGCACACCCGAUGAGGUAAGAUGGUUAUCUCCCGAACAGAAGAAACAGGCCGUAGCGAGGAUCGUAUCCAACCAAAGUGGUGGAGGAGGUCAAUCCGAAUGGAAAUGGUCACAAGUCAAAGAAGCUUUCUUGAAUCCUCAAAUUUAUUGUUAUUUCCUGAUUUCCUUCUUGGCGGACGUACCUAAUGGUGGAUAUGGUAUUUUCGGUGGUAUUGUAACGAAGUCAUUUGGAUUCACCUCCCUUCAAGUGAUCUUACUUAACAUGCCCGGAGGAGCGAUGGGAGGAUCGUUCAACGUUCUUUCGGGAUACUUGGCUGGUAAAUACAAAAACACCAGAACGUACUAUAUGGCAUUCUCGAUGAUUGCCGGAACGGCUGGUCUUUUGGUGGCAGCCCUUUUACCUCAGGAACACGCUUACAGAUGGAAGAAAUGGGGUGGAUUGUUGUGCAUGUCUAUUUAA